UUAAAUUUUUUUCAUCUUAAGCGCUAAAAGUUGUAAUCAUUUGGGAGGUACGCGGAGAAAUUUUUUAAGAAACAGAAUAACGUAAACACGAAAAUGGUUAUUUGCAAGUUCAAGCCGUUUUUUGUUAUUUUACGUUAACCUAAGGACUAGUAAUCUGUUCUAAAAAUUAAAAUUCAUCUACAAGAGAUGUUUGAAAUUUUUUCUAUUAUCAGUGGUUUAAUAAUAAUUUUAAUAACAGCAAUAUUUUUAAUCUACAAUUCUAAAAAGAAGCAAGUAGUUCACGAUAAAAGUAGUGCCUUAUUUAAGAAUCUUUCGAAAGAAGAGCUUUUAAAAGCAAGGUUGGAUUUUUACAGUAGAUCUCCAGUUUUAAAUUACAAAAAUGAAAAAGGUUUGGAAGAAGAAUCUACUUCAAAUUCACCUGCAAUGAAUGUUAGGGAAAAUAUUAAUAAUAGAGAUCUUCAAACAUUAAAUAAAGAAGAAAAGAAUGUAGAAAAAAAUGAUGAAAAAAAGCAAGUAGUUUAUACAAAAAGUAGUAGUUCAUUAAAAAAUCCUUUGAAAGAGGAACUUUCAAAGACUAGUUCGGAAUUUCAUAGUAGAUCCUUGGUUUUCAGCAACGAAAACGAAGAAAGUUUAAAAGAAAAAUCUUCCUCAUAUUCACCUACAAAUGUUGAAGAAAAUGGUAAUAAUGAACCUCAUCAAAAAUUAAACAAAAAAGAAAGGAGUGUAGAAAAAAAUGAUAAUAACAAACAACAAAAUGUUGAUAACAAUUUAAAAAAACUAAAGGAAUUUUCUAAAAAAAGUCAGCAAAGUAACGAAAUAAGUCUUAGAGAUAGUGCAAAGAAAAGUAACAUCAACGAGGUGAUAUUAAAAUCGUUUUCGUCUUAUUCUGAGUUGCCAUUACCAACUAUCCAACCAAUCAAAUCAAUUGAAGAAAUGCUUGCUUGGAUUCCAGGCUAUGAUGACUUUUGCAGAAGUAUUGCUCCUCGCAAAAAGUUUUCUAGAAAAGGAAGUUAUGCAAAGACUCUUGUUUGUCAUGACAUGAAAGGUGGAUACAUUGAAGAUAGAUUUAUUCAAGGUUUUGGUUCUGACAAAUGCUAUCGGUUUCAAGAUUGGAAUUAUAUCGAUUCAUUUUGUUACUUCAGUCAUAAUCUUGUUACCAUUCCUCCUCCUUGCUGGACAAAUGCAGCUCACAUUCAUGGUGUGAAAUCACUAGGAACAUUUAUUACUGAAUGGCAAGAUGGAGCAAGAGCCUGUGCAAGUAUUUUUUCAGAUAUCAGCUCAGUGAAGCGUUUUGCAAAAAUUUUGGUUGAAAUAGCUUGUUAUUAUAAUUUUGAUGGUUGGUUAAUUAAUAUUGAAAAUGAUAUUAUACCCUCACAAGUUGAAAAUCUAAAGAAAUUUAUUCAAAUUCUUACGAAACAUUUGCAUGACAGAAUACCAGACUCUGAAGUUAUAUGGUAUGACAGUGUGCUUUCUACAGGUCAACUCAAAUGGCAGAACAAACUGUGCUCAGAAAACAAAGUAUUUUUUGACCUUUGUGAUGGCAUAUUUCUAAAUUAUAAUUGGUCUAUCUAUGAUCUUCAGCAUUCUUUGUUUACAUCUGGUGAAGCAAGAAAGUUAGAUGUUUAUGUUGGUGUGGAUGUAUUUGGUCGAGGAUGCUUUGGAGGAGGUGGUUGGAACAGUUGUAAAGCAAUGCAAGUUAUUAGAGAAAAGAAAUUAUCAGCUGCCAUUUUUGCUCCUGGUUGGGUGAUGGAAAACCAUGGUGAAGAAGAAUUUACAAAAAAUAACAAAAAAUUUUGGGAAUUGUUAGCUGCGUACCUCUACCCACAUUUUCUUAGUGAACUUCCUUUUGUUACCUCAUUUUGUCAGGGUUAUGGAGCAAAGGUGUUUGUACAAGGAAAGAUGUUGCAAAAUAAACCUUGGACAAAUCUAAGUGCACAAAGCUUUCAGCCAACAUUUUCUAACAAUCUGUACCAACUAGGUCCUAAAGAAGGCAUGCAAGUUGAUUGCAUUGAAUUACAAACUGAAGAAGCUUAUAAUGGAGGUGGUUGUCUUUGCAUUAAAGGAUUAGCAAAGCCAUGUGAAGAACAAACUAGAACAGUAUUAAGAUUAUUUAAAACUGAUAUUAAACUUAUGGAGUCAACUAACUAUUCUGUAGAAUUUACAUAUAAAUGCUCAAGUGAUAGAGUUCAAUUGUUUUUGCUUGUAUUGUUAGAAGACAAUCCAUCAUACAUUGUGUUUAAUCCUAGUAAAGCUGAAAUACAGAAUUGUUCAGUUUCAUCAACAUAUGCUAUAACUAAUCUUCAAGACAGUCAAUAUGUGUUUCAAGAGCCUUUAAAUAACCAAACUCUGACAACUAAUGCGGAAGGUAUUUGGUUAACAAGAUCUUAUAGUUUUGUGGCACAAAAAAGUUGUUGCUUACAAGAAAUUCGAGUUAUUCUUGCAACUGGAGGAAUAGUUGAUGUUGAUGAGAAGCUGCCAUUUAAAGUCUUGCUAGGAGAAAUUAAGGUGUGCUUAUCUAACGAAUUACAUCGAUCGGUUUCAUCUGCUAAAAAUCUUCAAUGCCAUAACCUAAGUUCGAUAAGGUAUGAAUCAAAACAAAAGCUUUGUUUUACCCUUAGUUGGAAUAUUUCUCUCAGCGAAAACGAGAUCUUUCCAAAAUGUUUUGAUAUCUUUUGUUCUGGAAAUAUCACUGAAUCGAAUGCUACGUUAGAUGAUAUAAACUUUGGUUGUUUUAUUGGCAGAUCUUACAACAAUUCAUACUGUGUAAAUGAAUUAAUUGUUCCACUUGUGUGUGGAGCAGGUAUUAUAAUUACAGUACAAGGUGUUAGCGAACUAAAUACUCGACAAAAUUAUGAUGAGUGUGCCCAAGUUUUAAUCAAAUGGCCAUGAAUGUAAUCAAUUGUGUGUUUUAAAUUUUUGUAGAAUGAAUAAAUUUUAAAUGUGUUGUUUAAUGA